AUGUUUUAUUGCAUACCAAGCCCACCGCAAAAUGGUGAACGUAACAGCGAUCUGGACGAGUGGUGCAUCGUGGAGCUACAGGGCGAUCUCGACGUGCGUGGCGAUCGCAUAAUGUCGGGCCAGUUUAUCGGCGAUCUGCUCUACAACAAAUACGGUCAACCGAUUCUAAUCAUUGGCCACCAUAUACUCCAAGGGCGGUUGCAGAAAAUCGAUAAACCCUUGCUAGUGGUUGAAAAGUGCGAUCUGAAGCGACGGGAUGCAACGGACGAGGAUGAAACGAUGCUAGAUAUUAGCCAACUACCAGUUACCCAGAGCCAGGAGCAACAGCAACAGCAGGAUCUGGACUCCACCGCUCACUCGAUCGCGUCUAACCGGACCGUUCUCGAUACGACCGUUGCGAUCGAACAUAAGGUGCUACCAAAGGUGGAGUACCGUGUAAGGGCCGUCGUACGGAACAAAGUGCUCUUUAAGGCACGCCCAAAGCCCAUCAUUGCAAACGUUUCGAAAACGGUGUAG